AUGGGUUUCAUGGAGUUUUACCUGGAGAUUGACCCUGUCACACUAAACCUCAUCAUCCUGAUCGCCAGCUACGUCAUCCUGCUUUUGGUCUUCCUGAUAUCGUGCAUACUGUAUGACUGCAGGGGCAAAGAUCCCACCAAGGAGUACACGUCAGAGCCUCCUGCCGCCCCCACCCAAUCCCCCAUAAGACUGGUGGUCAUGCAGGGCUCCCCUGCCUCGGCCCACUGGGACCAGAACAACCUGGUCACGCCGUAUGAGACGCCAGCCGCCGAUGUCCGGGAGAAGAGGAGCACGUUGGUCUGA